AUGAGCUUCAACGAUUCUCAAGAGCCUCCCGCAAAGAAGCGCAGGUUCUUUGUCGACCCUUCGGAGGCUUCCUCUGAUCCAGCAUUACCAAGCAACCUCAACUCAUCCCCGCUACAGCCACGACGACGCUUUUUCAAGGACGAAGAUGAUGAUAUCAAGCUAGAACAAGAUGAUAGAAACGUCCUUGUCGAACGUUCCGCAAAUGGAACAUCACAGCAACCACAACCACCUCCAUCCGACCUACAACAAGAGUCGUCCUCCGUAUCCUUCGAUCAGGAGACCUUUGAGGCCUUCAUUGGCGACAAGGUCAGCUCCGAUGUUCUCUCCGCUAUCAGGGAUCAUUGCGGAAACAACCUCGAACGAGCCGUCAACAUGUACUUUGACGGGACGUACAAGAAGUUUACCAAGAAACCGCCAUUGCCAACCCCGUCGAGACCUACCGCCGCCAGCUCGAGCCGCUCCCCAAGCACCAUUACAGAACGCCCAAAACCUGCGAUCUCACAAAAGCGAAUGCCGAAUUUUCGAUAUAUAGGGGCAUUCGGCGCUGAAGGAUGGGCCACUCGAAGUGGAAACAACCUCCUUAAGCAUGGCGAUAUUGUCAAGAUCGAGCGACACAAGGCCCCGCCGCCACAACCAGCAAAGGUUAAGGGGAAAUUUGGUUCUGUCACACCCUCAAGAGCCAGUAAUUUUGCUUCACGGCGGGUUGAUAUUGUUGUGCGCUUCACGACCCAGAGUGGAACAGAAAUUGGACGACUCUCAAAGGACACGGCCAAGUGGGUGUCGACAUUGAUCGAUCAGAAGGUCUGCAAGUUUGAAGGGACCUGCGUCUACAUCCCUGAGAGACUUCGGACUAGCGAUACCGUGUUUCUGCAACUACGAUGCUUCAUACUCAACUCGGCAUUUUUUGAUCGCUCCUUUCAACUAGCUGACGACCGGUCGGCUGUCUUCUUUGAGCAAAACGAGACAACGGAUGAGAAGAAUCUUCGGCUACGGCAGUUUGCUCUGGUGAAACUCUUUGAGGAAGUCAAUUUGCAACCGACCGUGACGAAUGCUGCUGCAAAGGAUGGUCGUAAGGGCCUCCUUCAGGCUGCUGAGCAGGACGAGGAGAAGCAGAAGGACCUCAAAAAGACAACCACCAAUGGAAAAGAAGUUCACUCAUCAAAUUCGUCGGACACGGAAGAAGGAGAGGAGCUGGAACAGGACCAACUCGAUGCGCUCUACAAAAAGGCGCAAUCUUUCGACUUUAGUACCCCUGAAGCGGAACCGGCAGACACUUUCGCCAUGGAUCUUCGACCAUACCAGAAGCAAGCGCUGCACUGGAUGAUGGCCAAGGAGAAGGAUGAAAAGAGCAACAGGGAGCCGUCGAUGCAUCCUCUCUGGGAGGAGUACACUUGGCCUCUCAAGGACGUUGACGACAAGGAUCUACCACCAGUCGAGGGACAGCCCAACUUUUACGUCAAUCCGUAUUCUGGUGAUCUCUCCCUCGACUUUCCUGUUCAAGAGCAGCACUGUCUUGGUGGCAUUCUCGCUGAUGAGAUGGGACUUGGAAAGACGAUUCAGAUGUUGAGUUUGGUUCACACACAUCGAUCAGAGGUUGCUCAUCAGGCUCGCCAAUCCGCCGGUGGCAUCUCCAGUGUGAACCAACUUACGAGACUGGGCAUGAACUCCGAGUCUGUUCUUCCAGCGCCCUGCACAACGCUCGUCGUUGCACCCAUGUCACUACUAUCGCAGUGGCAGAGUGAGGCAGAGAAGGCCUCCAAGGAGGGGACGAUGAAGAUUGAACUAUACUAUGGCAACGAAAAGAGCAACAACCUUCAAGCGCUUUGUUGUGCAUCCAAUGCAGCCAGUGCGCCAGACAUAGUGAUCACGAGUUACGGCGUGGUGUUGUCCGAAUUCAGCAGCAUUGCUGCAAAGAACGGCGACAAGUCAUUCCACAACGGCCUUUUCUCGCUCAAGUUUUUCCGAGUAAUUCUUGAUGAAGCCCAUCACAUCAAGAACAGAUCAUCCAAGACAGCCAAGGCCUGCUACGAGAUCUCAGCUGACCACCGCUGGGCCUUGACCGGAACACCCAUUGUCAACAAGUUGGAAGACUUGUUUAGCUUGGUCAGAUUCCUAGGCGUGGAGCCUUGGAACAACUUUUCAUUCUGGCGGACGUUUAUCACAGUGCCCUUUGAAAGUGGAGAGUUCGUCCGGGCUUUGGAUGUGGUGCAAACAGUGUUAGAGCCUCUUGUGCUUCGACGCACAAAAGAUAUGAAGACACCCGACGGCAAGCCUCUUGUGCUUCUACCACCCAAGCAGAUUGAGAUUGUCAACGUGGAACUGUCGGAGACGGAGCGAGGCGUCUAUGACUACAUCUUUAACAAGGCGAAGCGGACGUUCUCGCAAAACGUCGAGGCUGGCACUGUCAUGAAGGCAUUUACCACCAUCUUUGCGCAGAUUCUACGUCUUCGUCAGUCCUGUUGCCACCCUAUCCUGGUCCGCAACCGUGAUAUCGUGGCGGACGAGGUUGAGGCUGAGGCAGCUUCCGACGCGGUUUCUGGUCUUGCCGACGAUAUGGAUCUCGAGUCGCUCAUCACCUCGUUCACGGCGGUGACGGAUGAAGCGUCGAAAGAUAACAACCAGGUCUUUGGCGCCCAUGCGUUGGAGGAGAUUCGCGACGAAGCAGAAAACGAGUGCCCGCUCUGCUUCGAAGAGCCGAUGAAUGACCAGACAGUCACUGGAUGCUGGCACUCUGCUUGCAAAAAGUGUUUGCUAGACUACAUCAAGCAUGAAACUGACAGGGCAGUUACGCCUCGAUGUUUCAACUGCCGGGAGCCCCUCAACCAGCGAGAUCUGUUUGAGGUUGUCCGGCAUGAUGAUGACCCUGACAAGGUCUCGAAGAAACCCAAGAUCAGCCUACAGCGUGUGGGUGUCAACGACUCGUCAGCAAAGGUCGUGGCACUCAUGUCAGAACUACGUGCGCUACGGAGAGAGCAUCCCAAGAUGAAAUCCGUGGUGUUUUCACAGUUCACUUCGUUUCUCAGCCUCAUCGAGCCAGCCCUGACAAAGGCAAACAUUAAAUAUCUACGGCUUGACGGAUCGAUGGCCCAAAAGGCUCGAGCAGCAGUUCUCACCGAGUUUACUGAGAGGAAAGGAUUCACUGUCCUGCUGCUCAGUUUGCGUGCGGGUGGUGUGGGACUCAACUUGACGAGCGCAGGGCGAGUCUUCAUGAUGGACCCCUGGUGGAGUUUUGCAGUCGAAGCUCAGGCUAUCGAUCGAGUGCACAGAAUGGGACAAGAGUCGGAAGUACAAGUAAAGAGGUUUGUGGUCAAGGAAAGUGUUGAGGAGAGGAUGCUCAAGGUUCAAGAGAGGAAGAAGUUCAUUGCGACCUCGCUGGGUAUGAUGAACGACGAAGAGAAGAAGCUACAACGCAUUGAAGACAUUAAGGAGUUGUUGAGUUAA